CCAGACCUCGACUGAUUGUUAGACCAUUAUCCUUACCUAAGGCGGGCCUUUGGAACUCGACGUCAGCUAGUUGCGCUGCACAUCAAAACACACAGAUGACUGCCUACCGUCCAAAUCCCUUCAGGCCCACUAUGCCCCUGCGUGUGUCUUCGCAGCCACAUACACUUCUCAAGACGCCUGCCAUAAGAUCGGCACUAUUGCCAAGGGUUGUACCCGGCCUGGUUGUCUUUGGUGCAGUCUACACCGUCGUCUCAUAUGUCCGUUCUCAGUUGCGGAAUGAGUCCAACACGCUGAACCGGGUCUUCUCUCAACAAAACACCCCAAGCGUCAUGGAGAAAAGGAAAGAGCGGUACCUGAUCGAGACCGAGGGUGAUCCCCGCAAGACGAUAUACAAUGUGUUGAACUGGUAGAGCCACGGAUUCAUGUACCUUGGGUAGGCGGCGUUUGGGUGACGAGAACAACGGGCACUGUUUUUGUUUGAUGCUUGCAUAGGUGACAGCGGCAUUAUUAGUUUUUUUUAUACCAAGGGAGAAGUGGAAUUGGGUCAAUGUUGCAGCUUGGGGGUUGUCCGGGCAGGCGGUAUAGUGGUAGCAAAAAUUUGGUUUUGGUGGCUAUAAAGGCACAGUUACACAGUAGUCUCCAUUAUAUUGACCCCCGUCGUCAAGCUUCAGCGGACCCGCCCCACAAAAUAUGGGUCUCUCCUCCUCGAACUUUUGUGAGAGGAGGUCUGUUACUGUUUU